AUGUCGGCCAUACCUGACAUAUUUUCAAUUCGGUCUCACAUUGGCUUCUUGUGGGAUAAGUUAAGUGGUGCCGGUAAAAAUAUUAUAAAAACAAUCAGUGAUAAUGUUAUAAUACCUAUGAAGAGGUCGUGGAAAUCUCAUGGAGCACAUAGACGUCAACCUUCGAUAGACGAAUCUGUCGAGGAACCUGUAAACGUGUGGCAGCCUGUACCCUGGCAGCCUUUACCCUGGACCUUCUACUUAACUACGGUUGAUGUUCCUCAAACUACCGAACCUCCUAUCAUCAUAACGAGUAAAAGAAGAAGAAGGAAGGAAAAAUCUCGCCCAGCUAGAUGUAAAGAAAACGACGAUAGCGGGUCACCAUUGCAUUUGAAGAAGCUUUUAGCCCGUACACUGAAGACAACGACAAAAAUAACUUUAGCCCCAGGCAAACUAUUGAGUUUAAAAAAAGAUUUCCACCCUAUACUGUUUGGUAACCAAUCAGAUGCUAUAUGCAGGGUGUGUAGUUGCGCAGAUGGCGCUGUAGACUGCAGUAACAAGAAAAUUAAACCAUUUGAUAUGAUUGCUUGGAAAGGUCUCGCCCGCUUUGACCCGGUAAUAGUGGAUCUGAGUCGAAAUCCUUUAAAAAGCGUCGCAAGAUUUCCAAAGUUACCGAUACAAAUGCUCAAUUUAUCCAGUUGUUACAUACAUCACUUCGAAACGUCGGCUCUUACCGCUUUAGAAGAAUUGACAACUCUGGAUCUAAGUUACAACAGAAUUUCAGCAUCAGAUUUGAAAGACUUGGCUGUACCGUUGGAUCUUUAUAAAGCCCCUCGUCCCUUUAAACACAUGCAAGACCUCACCCUCUCUCAUAACGCCAUCUACUCUCUGCCUCAGUCCAUGUUCAGAUUCAUGAAUAAUUUGACUUUCUUGGAUCUCAGUGAUAAUCCACUAGCCUACAUUGAUAGCGGGACCAAAGCUGCAAUGUCUACGUUAGCGCAAUUGAGGCAUUUAGUGCUCAGUAACUGUGAGCUGGAAACGCUGCCUAAAGGUCUACUCAAAAACCAAAAGAAACUCCGAUGGUUAGAUCUCAGUAACAAUAGGUUCACAACAGUACCAUCAGUUCUCCAAGAAGUUCCGAAGCUUUUAUUUUUGAGCUUGGAGAGAAAUCCUAUCACUAAUAUUGAAACUAAGGGCCCAAUCACUAAGCUUACGAGCCUCGAAGAACUCCACUUGAGCCACAUGAGUAGACUGCAGAACAUCACCGCUGGAAGCUUCGGUGGAUUGGUGAAAUUGGACAUACUGCGAUUAAAUCAUAAUCCGAGAUUAACGUACUUGGAUCCUGAGUUCCUUGUAUACCGAGAUGAUGACCAGGUGCCAUAUUGGCCAACGCUUCGUGAGUUACAUUUAAACAAUAACAAUUUAUCAACAAUUAAUUCGCAAAUACUGGACGACUGGUACGACCUGACGGACGGAGACUUCAGCAAUAAUCCCUACGUGUGUGACUGUCACAGCCAGUGGAUGGUUAAUGUUCUAACACCACUAAUCAAAACUUUACCACAGAGACAAACUACUUAUCAAAUGCGGUGCACUGAACCACCCAAUCUCAAGGGUGUCACGUUUGCAUAUAUGAGUCGAACCUCCAAGGUCCUCACCUGUUCCGAAGUGAAGAGCAAGGAGGAGCACUCCACUUUGCUUAUUAGCUUGGGCACUAUGGCUGGUGCUUUAGUCUCCGUCCCCUUCAUAAUCAUCUUCGUCAUAUUAAUGUGGAAAAAGUUUAAGAAACGAAGAAAAAGGGACGAUGUGCACAUUCAGACAACUGAUAUUGAUGAGCAAUUUUAG